UAAGUGGUUCCCACCUAGGGUGAGGUUUAAAAGGGUUAAAUGUACACAACCUUAUUUUUGUUGAUGAUAACACUAAUAAAGAGAUUAUUUCCAAUUGACCCUUGAUAACAAACAUCGUGUGCAACUUCAUAUAAAUAAGAAGUGACAUAAUUUAUUAAGUCAUUUUGUAACUAUAAUCCAUGAAAGAACUAUAAAUCAUUGGCCCUAUCAAAAUUAGAAAGACGUAUAUAUGUAUAUAAAAAGAUUUCUAAAAUAUGAGAAUUAUGGGUUGACCUUGUAGUCGAAAACUUUUCCUUUCCACCCUUCUUAUGAUAAAUUUUGAUUCUCAAAAUGUACAAAAAAUUAAUUUUCCUCUUCCUCUUACCCAUAGAGAAUUAGCUUUAUCAUGAAAUUAAAAAACUUAGCAUACCCAGCGGCCACACCUAGUUCAGGAUUAUGGCCUACAAAUAAUUUGUAAUACCAUAACAGCAAGCAAAAGUCAAUGUCUUAAUGAAGUUUCCACCACUAAACAACAUAGGUGACCGCAUUUGACUCGAGCACAAGAAACUGCCUUUAAAUCCCUCCCACACUGCAUAUCUUCCACACCCUCUUCUUUACCUUUGCUUCACAAAGAAAACCAAGAAUUCACCAGCUUUCAGCUCCCUCCCUUUCUUCCUUUCACUCACAUAAAACUUCUAAGCUCGUAGACAUAAGAAUAAAUUUGAAUAUCCCCAGUUACCAAUAAUGGUGUCAUGUAAGCUUUUUAAACAAAGUGCAGAGCUACUUUCAAAAGUUGUCUUGGUUCUCUUGCUGAGCUUAGCUGGCCAUAACACCAACCUUUGUUCUUACCAUCCUCAUGCCACUCCAGAUUUCACAAACUUAAGCUCACUUGACCUAAUAUCAUCACUUAAAAAAUUGAAUCUAAAUGGUCACUUUGAUUUCGAUAAUACCAUUCGCGUAGCAAAUGACUUCGGCAAUAGAUACCAUUUCCUUCCAAUGGCUGUAUUGUCACCUAAAACAGUCUCUGACAUUUCUACGACAAUCAAACAUGUCUUCAACAUGGGCCAUAACCCACACCUCACGGUUUCUGCAAGAGGCAAUGGCCACUCACUUCAAGGCCAAUCACAAAGUCAUGGUGGCAUAGUCAUCAACAUGCAAUCUCUACACGAACCAAAAAUGCAUGUUCAAACUGGGGAGCUACCCUAUGUCGAUGUUUCCGGGGGUGAAUUGUGGAUAAACAUUCUGCAUGAGACCCUAAGAUACGGAUUAGCACCUAAAACGUGGACGGACUACCUUUAUUUAACCGUAGGUGGAACCCUGUCAAAUGCCGGGAUUAGUGGCCAAGCGUUCAGACAUGGACCUCAAAUAAACAACGUCCACCAGCUGGAAGUUAUCACUGGAAAGGGAGACGUAGUGAGCUGCUCAGAAAAACAGAACGCUGACCUCUUUUACGGUGUUCUUGGGGGACUAGGACAGUUUGGCAUCAUCACUAGGGCAAGGCUAUCUCUAGAACCAGCCCCAAAAAUGGUGAAAUGGAUUAGAGUGCUUUACUCGAAUUUCACAUUGUUCACCAAGGAUCAAGAAAAGCUAAUAUCAGAUAAUUCAUUUGAUUAUGUUGAAGGAUUUGUCAUAAAAAACAGGACAGGUCUUGUUAAUAACUGGAGAUCUACCUUCAGUCCCAAAUAUCCUCUUCAGGCUAGUCAAUUCAGCUCAGAAGGAAAAACUCUCUACUGCCUCGAAAUGGCAAAGUACUUCAAUCCCGAGGAUGUGAACACCAUAAACCGGGAAACAGAAUUAUUAUUGUCCAAACUGAACUUCAUCCCCCACACAGUUUUCCAGACAGAAGCAUCAUAUGUUGAUUUCCUAAAUAGAGUUCACCUAUCAGAAAUAAAGCUCAGAGAAAAAGGACUGUGGGAUGUUCCUCAUCCCUGGUUAAAUCUUAUGGUUCCUAAGAGUAAGAUAUACAGUUUUGCAGCAGAGGUAUUUGGUCGAAUCCUCACAGAUACCAGCAAUGGUCCAAUCCUCAUUUAUCCUGUCAACCAGUCUAGAUGGAAUGGCAGGACAUCUUUGGUGACCCCAGCAGAAGAUGUUUUCUACCUUGUUGCAUUUCUAUCAUCUGCAAUACCAUCUUCAACUGGAUCAGACGAACUAGAAAACAUUUUAUCAAAAAAUAAACGUAUACUAGAAUUCUGUGAGAUGUUUAAGCUUGGAGUAAAGCAAUAUCUUCCACAUUACAACACUCUGGAGAGAUGGCGAGUUCAUUUUGGAGAUCGAUGGGUUGAUUUCGCACGAAGAAAACUAAACUAUGACCCUCUAUCAAUCCUGACACCGGGGCAAAAAAUUUUCCAGAAAGGAAGAUCCAUUUCAUGAUAUUGGCCAACAGCAAUAAGGGAAAGCCAGUCAGUAAAUAAUCUAUCUACAUAGUCUCACAAGGUUUAGCACCUUAGGGCUAGUAUCUCCAGGUUCACAAAGUAAUUGAUGUACAUUAUUGUUUUUCCUAUAUACACUUUCAUAACAAUUUAGACCAAGAAACCCAUAUUUUUUUGUAAGUUUGAAGUUAAGUGAGGGAAAUUCAGUUUUAUAAGCUA